AUGAAGCAAGUCAUCAAUCAAGCCGAGGUGAAUUUAAGGCGAAUCCAUGCAUUGGGAGUGAAAAAGAUAGCAAUACCAUUAUUGCAUCCACUAGGGUGCCUCCCCGUUGUCUCGAAAGGCUCAUCUUUCGCUGAUUGCAAAAAACUUGUAAACUUGGCGGUGAUCAUUCACAACAACUUAUUGCAGACAGUAGUGGCUAAGCUUAACAAGGAAACCGAGCAUUCAACUUUCAUGGUUAUUGAUUACUACAACGCCUUCUUGACCGUCUUGAAGAAUAAAGGAGAGACUCCAGGGAUUACGAGGUUUGAAACUCCGUUGAAAGAGUGUUGCGGAGGCGUUUGUGGUGUUGUGGACGAGAAAGGUGUGAAGAAUUAUACCUUAUGCGAUGAUCCUACAUCUACUUUCUUCUGGGAUGGACUUCACCCUAUUCAAGAAGGAUGGAAAUCGGUUUACGCGGUAUUAGGCAAAAACCUAACCGCAACUCUGAUUAAAGCGUAAAUCCAGUACUUAUUGUGAUCGAGAAACCUA